AGCAGAUGAUUCUUGAAAAUGGAAGACAUAAAUAUUAUGAUAUAUCUCUGCUUAAUUUUGCUUAUUCAUUUGUUUUAUUGUCCUUACAACAAAGUUGAGGAAAGUUUUAAUUUACAAGCGACUUAUGAUAUAUUGUAUGGCACAUCAUUGGAAGAUUUUGACCAUUUGGAAUUUCCAGGUGUUGUUCCUAGAACAUUUAUUGGCCCGUUAAUUAUAUCUGCGGUUGCCUUUCCUGUUGUAAAUAUUAUGAAAAUUUUAGACAUCUCUAAAAUUUAUUCUUUAUAUUUAGUUAGAGCUAUAUUAGGACUCUUUGUUAUGUCUGGAUUUUAUCGAUUUUAUAAAUCAAUUUAUAAAAAAUUUGGGCAUUCCAUAGCAAGAUGGACAUUAAUUAUAUCAAGCACUCAAUUUCAUAUUAUGUUUUAUGCUAGUCGCACCUUACCAAAUACAUUUGCCUUAAUUAUAUUUUUAUGGGCAUUUUCUUAUUGGCUUGAAGAUAAUAUACCUAUAUUUAUUAGUAUAUCAUGUUUCCUGAUUAUCGUAUUUCGUUCAGAAUUAAUCAUACUUAUCUCAAUUUUGACUAUUAUGUCUAUAUUUCAUGCUUCAAAGCGUGAUUUUUAUUUUUUUAAUAACAACAUAAAUAAUGUUAACAAUAAUUAUAACAAGAACAAAUAUAAAACAUCUCAAACCAAAAAUAUUAUUCUACAAAUUUUAAAAGCUGGUAUCCUAUCAUCAAUAUUAUCAUUAGCGUUGACUCUAUUAAUAGACUCUUAUUUUUGGCAAAGCUGGGUGUGGCCGGAAGGGUAUGUUCUUUGGUACAACACCUAUAUGAACAAAAGCUCAAAUUGGGGUACUCUCCCCUAUGGGUGGUAUUUUUAUUCUGCCAUUCCUAGAUGUCUCUUAUCCUCUUUAUUUUUUGUGCUUUCACCUAUGAUAUACCGUUUAAAUGCCUUGAAACUUUUCAAAAACCGAAAUUCAACUAAUUCAAAUUCGAACAACUAUAAUAAUUCUAACUUUAAUCAUUAUAACUCCAAAAAUAAUUGCAACAACUACAUAUACUUCAAUAAGCAUUCGAAAUUUUAUGGGGGCCAUCAUUCUAACGUUUAUCAUGAUUCCAUUGAUCAAUCAAAGUCGUCUUACAAAUCAUCGAAAAAUGAAGUGAAAAUAGCUUCAAAAUUGAUCGAAAUUUUUUUUAUCCCGUCGAUACUUUACCUCGCUAUUUAUUCACUUUUGCCCCAUAAAGAAUUGCGGUUUGUUUUUUACGUCGUACCAUUACUCAAUGUGCUUGCAGCCCAUGGAUGCCAUUCAUUAUGGAAUUGGGGAUUUCACGCAGCCAACCAGAAAGGGCGCAGCAAUAACUUUAAUAAUCAUAAUAACCGACACCGGCACCCUGCUUACUCCUUUUACUUUACCUCGCUUUUUAAGUCGACAACCGUUUUGGUUCACUUGAACGUGAAUGUCAUACUAACACUCAUUUUUCUUGAAGCCUCGCGCAAUAAUUACCCAGGAGCCAAGGCCCUUAUGAGAUUACAAGUUUCUCGUCAAAUCGAUAUAUAUCAAAAUCACACGGUAUACAUGGACACGUACGCUUGUCAGAACGGCAUAUCUAAAUUUUCACAAUUGUACCAUCAUUGGAAGUACGUUAAAACGGAAAAUAUAUCUGAUCUACAAAUAUCCUCUUUUGAAUAUCUGAUAAUGCAAAAUGAACCCACCUUGCUCGCUAAAUUUAUCCAAACACGCCAGAUAAAUCCUGAAAACGAACCAAACCUUACUAAAAAUGAUAUGCAACAUUUUAAAGUCUUAUUCACCGUUGAUGGUGUGAAUUUGCAACCUGGAUUUGCGUUGAUUAUAAGCAAGGUCUUAGAAAUAAUCAUGAAGCUCCUUGAACAUAUGACGAAAAGUCCCACGUUGUCCUGGCCUUCUUCACACGAAUUUAGGCAUGAGAUUGCCAUGUUAAAAAAUUUUAUUUUACCUUUGCAACCAAAAAUCGUGGUUUUAGCUAAUACCGCACUCGUAAAAUAAUUAUAUGAACCGGGAUAAAUACAUUUAGAAUUUUGAUGUUAUUUAUUUAAUCUUCGAUUAUAAUGAUUUAUUUUACAUAUUCACCAAAAAUUAAAUAUUCAUUUAUCUUAUAUUGUUUUAAAGUCAGGAAAUAAAUUUAUUCGAA